AUGGCUGGCUUAUGCAAGGAUGUCGAAUCGCAUUUUUUGGCGAACGAUCUAGAAGCGUGCAGAAGUGUGAUUGGCCGGAUCUUCCGCAACAUCGGGGAGUCUUCGAGUAGCAACCAGCAGAGCAGCCGUGACUGGUUCGUUUACUGCGGAGGUGACACCCUCUUCAUCCGCAUUCUCUCCUCGCCGUUCGCGAAUUCUCGCGAAACAGGUCGCGAAGGAAGCUCCACGGCACUUACCGCGGGAGCAGCAGCGGGAUCUGACGGAGGGGGAAGGGUUGGGGGGGGAUCGCGGAACCGCCGUGGGAUUUUCCGCACGGAGAGCGCGGAGGGAUCGCGGGAGUCGGGGACGCUACGAGAGGGGGAGACGUCGCGCGAGGAGACGGCGCUGUGGAUGAUGCGCAACGACUGCCUGGCGGUGCUGCGCGAGAUGUGCUUCGCGUCCGCGUGCUUCUCCGAGGGGCUGUCCGUGCAGCGCCAGUUCCUCAUCCGCCUCUUCGCGCUCAUGGAGAAUAAGAUCACAUUCGACUACGGUACGCACCAUGGAUGGACAGUGCGCGUCGCAUGCCGGCCAGCGACACUUCUUCGUUCCCGUCUCUCGUUUCUCUGCCCAUCUGAUUCGUUGCUCUUUCUAGCUCUUCGUGCAUCUCGUCUUGAGCUCGUUCUAUGCUUUCCCCGCUUGCGUCCUCCCCUCUACCCCGUCACAGCCGUCGCGCUAGCGGAGGAGAUCCUGGCGGUGGGGGAGGAGACGCUGAAUCUGGGGUCGGUGCCCAACUUCGCGCGCCUGGUGCGCGGGCUGUCGGCGCGGCAGCUCUCCUUCUUCUGCCGCGUGCUCGCCAUGGUCGUCUUCGAACCCGAGGACCGCGCGCCCGAGGUCUCCGCGCUGCAGAAGGGCGCGGACCCGGCGGAGCGCGCGGAGCGGGAGGCGGAGUGGGCGGUGGCGGACGGCAACCACGACGUUCUGCUGGCCAUCCCCGACAUCCUCGCCAACCUCGUCAAGCUGCUGCAGAUGGAGAGCAGCGGCGAGGCGGACCUGUGGUCGCCCAGCCUGAGCGAGUGGCAGCCGCUGCUGGGCGACCUCAUGGCUGGGGAAGACGAGACCGCUGCCGACUGGGGGCCUGAAGAGGACGACGAAGAGGACUAUAACGAGGACGGGGAGGAGUACGAGGAGGAAGAGGAGCAGGAGGAGGAUGAGGAGGUGGAGGAGGAGGUUGAGGAGGUGGAGGAGGAGGUUGAUAUGGAGGGUGAGUUGCUGGAGGAGGACGAGGAUGUGGAGGCAGAGGCAGAGGGGGAGGGAGAGGGAGAGGAGGGGGAGGAAGGGGAAGGGUCUGGGUUCUACGAGGAUGUUGAGGAGGAGAUCGCAGGGGAGGACGACGAGGAGGGCGGAGAAGGGGAGGAGAGACGGGAAGAGGGGGAAGUAGAGGAGGGGGAGGAAGUGCAUGGAGGGGGGAGCAGGAGUGGGGGCGAGCGGCAGGGGACCAGCACCCAUAGCACUGGCGGUGGCAGUGGCGGUAAUGGGGGAGGGAGGGAGGCGGAAGGAAGUGGGGGGGGCAGAGGCGCGGCACAAGGUGCUUCGGAGAGCGCUGGCGCAGUGGGGGGCGGCGGAGAUGGCGGGGCGGAGGCCUCUGGCGCGGCAGCCAGGCAGGCGGGCAGGGGGAAUCUCUGGGGAGGGUUUGGGCUGUUUGGGGGCAUAGGGGGACUUCGUCCAGGGGGAGCAGCGCGGGAGGGAAGAGGAGGCGCAGGGGAAGGAGGUGAGGAGCAGGAGCCUGGUCCAGAUGGCGGUGGUGGUGCUGUGGCUGUGAGUCAACGGCGAACUGGUGCUGCUGUGCCUGUGGCAGGAGUGGCACCACGCGGAGCAGCAGAUACCACCCAAGGGCCCUUCUCCCCGCGUUCGCCGCCUGUUGCCGCUCCUCCGCCCCGCAUGCCACCCCUGCUUCCCCCCUCCCCCCAUGCCGCUGUGCUGCCCUUCUCCCCCCAUCCUACCCUCCUUACAGGAACCUCCACCUCACCGCCUCGACCGCCCCCCAACCGCACUCCACCCACUGCAACCCAACCGGGAGCGCUUCCCCAAGUGAAUACUACAGGCAUUCCAAUGACCGCCAAUCCCCUGAACCUGCUCCCACUCACCGCGCCUGCCAACCCCGCCGCUGCUGCAACCGCCGCGGAGGCAGCAGGAGCGGGCAUCCCCGCGGGCGCGCGGGUGAUGGUGUUCGUGGGGAACCCGCCGCGCCUGCUGGGGGAGGUGCCCGAGGGCGAGCUGGAGCCCUUCCUGCGCGCGCUGCCCCAGGGCGCCGUUACUGUCCUGAGGGCUGGCGAAAUCGGGUUACCAGAGGGCGCGGGGCCUGCUGCUGUGGCGACGAACAUGGCUGCUUCGUUCAUGGAGCAGCAGGUGAGCGGUGGGGAGCAGCAGGUGGAGGUGUUAUUCGUGCUGUGUGCGCUGUGCGGGGGCAAACGCAAGGAGGCGGUGCAGGACCAGCUGGCGGCGCUGGGGCUGGUGGGCAUCCUCGUGGACUCGUUUGACCGCCUCAACUGGUCCGCCCCGCUGCCGCCGCCCGCUGAGCCCCAUGGCAUCCACGGCCCCGGCUGCUCCUGCAACCCCGAGUCGGCCCUGAAGAUCCAGUACCUGCGUCUCAUUCACAACUUCUGUGACCGGGACGGCCCCAACCUGCACAACAAGCUGCUGCUCGCCUCGCCCGGUGGUGUACCACCGCCCCUCGCUGCUGGUACCCCACCCCUGAUUGCUGCCCCGGGUAUCGCUGCAAGUGUAAGCACCCUUGGAAGCAUGCCUGCUGGUGGUGUUGCUGCUGGUGGUGCUGGUGGUGGGGGGACCAUCAGUGGUGGCAGCAGCAGCUCCAGCGGCAGCAGCGGGGGUGUGGAUGGGAGGGUGCAGGGAAGCACGCAGGGAGAGGGAAACGCACAGGGGCGGGGACAAGGAGAGGGAGAGGGAGAGGAGCACGGGUAUGCGCUGGGGUUUGGGGCGAGCUUAGGGCGGGCGCUAGGGUUUUCACCAAACCAGUGGCUGCCUGGCUUGGGUAUCAGAGAUGGCGCAGGUGACUCUGGUGUGUUGCCCCAGGCCGUGGGAGUGGGCGCCAGCAGAGGAGAGGGAAGCAGCGCGCAAGCAGCAGCAUGUGCAACAGAAGCAGCAGCAGCAGCGGGAGCAGGUGGGGUGGUGGAGGGCGGGGCGGGCAAGGAGGGGAAGAACGAGGCGUUGAUGCUGAAGAUCAUCCGAGUGCUCAUGAAGGAGUCCGCCGACUCCGUGUACCGCUUCUGGCUCGCCUCCUGUGUCGAGGCGUUUCUCCGAGGCUCCAACCCGCGUGACCAGCAGCUGGUCGCGGCCACAGGCCUCAUGGAGCACCUCGUGGAGGAGAUUCUCCGAGGGGCGUCGGGCUUUAAGUGUGCGGCGUCCCUGCAGAUCGACUUUGACCUGCUGGGCGAGCUCGUCAAGUUCAACCCGGUGCUGUUCCGGCGGCUGGCGGCGCUGGUGCAGGGCGAGCGGUUCAGCCGGUUCAUCGAGGUGCUGGUGGCGCACCUGGUGGACUCCAACGUCUUCAUCCGCUCCGUCAUGCUCUCCCUCCACGCCUUCCGCACCGCCCUCCCCACCCCGCCCUACCUCGGCCCUUGCCCCACGCCUGCGCUCCCCCCUCCUGUGCUGUCCCCCGCCAUCCCAUCCACGUCCGCUGCGCCGUCGCUAGCAUCGUCCUCCUCAAGCCCUGCGCCUGACCUGCGGUCCUCUUCAGCUGCUUCUGCUGCUGCUUGUGGGGAAGAGGAGGCAAAGAAGGAGUCGAGAGUUGCUGCUGACGGUACUGAUGCUGAUGCUGGUGGCGGCGGGAGUGGUGGUGAUGGGGAUGGUGGCGAUGCCAACAGCAGCUCAGGCGAGGGCACAGAGAGAAGGGGCAGGGAGAGGGAAGAGGAGUCGGCUCUCAAGGGCACACCCCGUAGUGCAUCACCACGUGGGGUUGCUGAAGCAUCGUCAGCAGCAGAGGCGGCUGCAGACAGGAAGGGGAAAAAGAAGGUGGAGGAAGGGGGAAGGAGUGCAGAGAGAGGAAGUGCAUGGGAGGCGAAGGGGAAGGCAAAGGGGAAGGGGGUGAUGGGGGAGGGGUCGGCGGUGGUGGGGGAGGAGGAGGAGGAGUUGGCAUCGCCCCUGGCGGCGUUCAUGGAGUGCAACUCGGUGCUGCUGCUGCGCGACCUCAUGCUCGUCGUGCGCCUGGGCGACAUCAACCAGGACAACAUCUGUGUGCUCAACACGGCACUCAUCUUCUUCAUCUUCGCCAAUCGCAACGCGCAGCUCCUCUCUCUGCUCUCCGCCCUCCGAGCCGCCGACAAGGCCCAGCCUGCAUCACUUGCCGCUUCCACCACCCUCCUCCAACCCUCCUCCCCUUCCUCUCCUGCUAACCCGUCCUCCCCUUCUCCACCCUCCUCGCCCUCCUCGCCCUCCUCACGCUCACCCUCUUUUUUCUCCAAGCCUCCGUCCUCUGCUCUCAUCAACCCCUCUCUGCUGCCUGACCCGGUUUCUUCCAACUCUGAAGAUUUGUCCACCGGGGUCGGCCCGGGGAGCGUGAUGAAAAACUUUCGGGCGCUGCUGGACUUUUGGCGGGAGUAUUAUCUGAGGAAGAGGGGCAGGGACUGUGCCAGCCUGCAGUUCUCCACCAACAUUCCCUUCACCGAGUGGCUCCGAGUGGUGGAGAUGCUUUGUGCCUCGCCCGACUGCCCGACCUCGCUUCUGUACUGCCCGCCUCUGCCCGCUAGUGGCUCGCAGUGCUCCUCUGUUGGCCUCAGGGUUGACCCCCCUCCCCGACGGUGCUGA